ACUUGCGCCUUCUCUCUCUCUCAUUUGUGCGCUCCGCCUGCGAGGAAAGGUUUCGAGCUUCUUCUUGGUCUCUCUCUCAAUCGCGGAUUAUCCUCAUGGAGAUCGAAGAGAUGGAGGGACUCGUUCCAUCUUCUUCCGCUUCGGUUCAUCGGUGGAAGUACGACGUGUUCGUGAGCUUCAGGGGCGGGGACAUAAGGAAGAAUUUCGCGGCCCACCUCUUUCGUGCGCUGAAGCAGGCGGGGAUCUACUACUUCGAGGACAAUGAUAAAGAGGAGACCGGGAUUCUCAUUGAGGCCAAGCUGCUCGACGCGAUUCGCCAUUCUAGGGUUUCUCUCGUCGUGUUCACCACCAACUACGCCGACUCGCGGUGGUGCUUGAACGAGCUGGUGGAGAUCCUGGAGUGCAACAGGAGGUUCAGAUAUCAUCGGGGUCAUGUGCUUCUGCCCAUUUUCUACGAUGUUGAGCCACGCGACGUUCGGAAACAGAGCGAGCGAUUCGGGGAUGGUUUCGGAAGGUGUUUGGCCACCCACACGGACGAUUUGCUGGUGCAGAAGUGGAGGGAUUCGCUAAAAGAAGCUGGGAAUUUGUCAGGAUGGCAUUUGAAUAAUGAUGCUAAUGGGGAUCAAUCGCUUUUCAUUGAGAAAAUUGUAGGACAUCUCUUGAAGAUUAUCCCCAGAACAAGCUCCCCUGAUGCUAUUGGGGUAGAUUCCUUUGUAGACGAUGUCAUAUCGUUGCUGGAGAUUAGGUCAGAGGAUGAUGUCCGUGUGGUUGGAAUAUGGGGAAUGAAAGGAAUUGGUAAGACAACAGUGGCCAAAGCCGUCUGCCAUCGCGUUUCUAGGGAAUUUGACGGGGUUAGCUUUCUCGAAAAUGUCGGAGUUGCAAACCAAGAUACUCUUUUACUUCUUCAGAAGAGACUUCUCCAAGAUGUUCUGAAGGUACAAGGUGUAGAAGUGUAUGAUCUUAACAGCAACAUCAACGAGAUAAAAACUAAGCUCUGUCGGAAAAGGAUCCUUCUAGUUCUCGAUAACAUCACCGAGAAGCACCAAAUUGAGUAUUUUGGCGCUGGAGAUCGAGAAUGUUUCCAAUAUGGGAGUAGAAUCUUGAUAACUACAAGAGAAGAGUGGCUUCUGAAAGAUCUCAAAGUGGAUGAUAAGUACAUGCUCCCUGGACUGGGUUCUAAAGAAUCACUCCAACUCAUGAGUCGCCAUGCCUUCGGCGAAGACCAACCUAAAGAAGGGCAUGAAGAGUUGUUCAAGAGUCUUGUCCACUAUGCAGGUGGUCUGCCAGUGCUUCUUAAGAGAUUUGGUUCCUUUCUUUCUAGUAAGAAAAAUCAGUGGCAUGAGAUAUUGGAGAAGUUGGUAAGGUAUCCUCAUCUUGAUUCAAUUGGAAUAACUUUAGAUCCAUUCUCCUCUCUUCGCCCCUCUGUAGGGCCAUUUGGAGGCCAUGGUGGACAUUCUUUUGAUGAUCAAACAUACAGUGACAUAAGAAGAAUAAGGCUUGUCACAGGAACAGCGAUCGAGUCCAUUACUGUUGACUAUGUUCAGAAUGGGUGUAUGGUGCGCUCGCCAAGACAUGGUGGAUCUUUGGCAGAUCUCACAUGGGAUGUAAAUAUAGAUUAUCCAAUUGAAUACUUGACUUCGGUGUCAGGCUACAUUAGAGAAGAUUCUCUUCAUGUCAUCAACUCUCUUACCUUCCACAGCAAUAUGAGGGCACAUGGGCCAAUUGGCAAUGAGAAAGGGAAGUUUUUCAGUUUUACACAAGUUGAUGGAAAGAUCAUUGGUUUUCAUGGAAGGUGUGGCCCUUUUCUGGAUUCCAUUGGAGCUCAUUUUGGUCCUGUCUCUCAUCCAUAUCCCUUCGAAGUCAUAGGGCCAUUUGGAAAUGGGGAAAACCGCUGGGAUGAUGGCAAGCAUGUAGAUGUCAGACAAAUUGUUGUAGUCUCUGGUUCUGCAAUUGAAUCUAUUAGUUUUACCUAUGAGGAGGGUCGUUCUUUCAGACACGGUACAAGUCAUGGUGGCAAAAGAAACACGAUAAAUCUGGACUGGCUGACUGAAUUUCUAAUUUCGGUUUCGGGAUAUAUUGUCAAUGACUUUGGUUCUACUAUCAUCCAUUCACUCACAUUCCAAAGUAAUAAAAGAACAUAUGGACCAUUCGGCACUGAAACCGGAAGGAAGUUUUCAUUUCCAGCAACUGGUGGAAAGAUCAUUGGAUUUUAUGGGAGUUCUGGUUCCCAUCUUGAAUCUCUUGGAGCAUAUUUGGAACCAAUCUCUCAUCUACAUCCGAUCAGGUGUCUUGGACCAUUUGGAGGCCAAGGUGGACACUCUUGGGAUGAUGGUAAAUUCAGUGGUGUACAGAAAAUAAAGAUAAUGUUAGAAGAUGAUGUCAACUGCAUCUCCUUUGAGUAUGACGAUAAUGGCAAAUCUAUUUGGUCCUCUGCACAUGGUCACGAAAACGGAAAUAUCCAUAUGGUUAACUUGGACUACCCUCGUGAGUUCUUGACCUCCGUGUCAGGUUAUAUCAGACACGAUAAUUCUGUUAUUCAAUCACUCACGUUUGAAAGCAAUAUAAGAAGGCAUGGACCCUUUGGUAAGGAGGAAGGAAGCUCCUUUAGCUGUGCAUUGACAUGCAGCAAGCUUAUUGGCUUCACGGAAGGUCUGGCGUCCAGCUUGAUGCACUAGGAGUCUACUCUGAACCAAUUUCUGAUCUUCGUUUCUUGAAAUCCAUUGGGCCAUUUGGAGGACAAGGUGGCAGUCCUUGGGACGAUGGAGAUAGCACGGGUGUGAGAGAAAUAA